CCGCAGGGCGCCCCGGCCGCUCCCCCGCCCCCGGCCGGGCCAAACCACCCCAAACCCCUCCCCUGUCUGCAGCAAGUGGCAGCGGGAGAAGGGCGGUGGCGCCAUCACGUGAGGGCCCUGCCUGGCGCUCGGCUCCCCGCGCAGCCUCGCCGCCGCCCCCCGUCCCCGGCCCCAUCCCCGUCCCCGUCCCGACCCCCGCCGCUGCCUCGCCUCGCCUCGCCUCGCCCCGCCUCGCCCCGCGCUCCCAUGCCCAGCAGCGAGGCGGUGCCGCUGGGGCUGGGCGCCUGCCGCAGGUCGGGGGCGCUGGCCGGGAUGCUGGCGCUGGUGGCGCGGCUGCUGGAGUGGCUGCGCUCGCUGUUCUGGAAGGAGGAGAUGGAGCUCACGCUGGUGGGGCUGCAGUACUCGGGCAAGACCACGCUGCUCACCGUGCUGGCGUCAGGGCAGUUCACAGAAGAUAUGAUUCCCACAGUAGGCUUCAAUAUGAGAAAAAUAACAAAAGGAAAUGUUACUAUAAAGGUAUGGGACAUUGGAGGGCAGCCAAGGUUUCGAAGCAUGUGGGAGCGUUACUGCAGAGGAGUCAAUGCAGUUGUUUACAUGGUGGAUGCAGCAGACUUAGAAAAAGUAGAAGCUUCAAAGAAUGAGCUGCACAGUUUGAUAGAUAAGCCACAAUUGCAUGGAAUUCCAGUGUUAGUCCUUGGAAAUAAAAGAGACCUCCCAGGUGCACUGGAUGAAAAGCAGUUAAUUGAGAAAUUAAACCUUUCAGCUAUUCAAGACAGAGAAAUCUGUUGCUAUUCUAUUUCCUGUAAAGAGAAGGAUAACAUUGACAUAACAUUACAAUGGCUUAUUCAGCACUCCAAAUCAAGACACUGUUGAAGAAAACUUUUGCUGAAGAUAACUCUUUCUCAAUCACUUUGACUCCUAUCAGUUAUACGCAACUGAAAAGAUAAAGAAUGCAACUGCGUACUACCAGGACUCACUUUGGUUGUGUUUGUUAACAGAAGUAAAACUGAAUUAUAGCUUGUCUUUCUAUUUUGGUUCUUUUUUUAAAAAUCCAGAUAUUUGUCUGCCUAGGUGCAAUUCCUGAACACCUUAAUACAAGACUGAAAGAAAUUAAUACUUUUUUGGGCUGAAAUUUUGAGUUUAUGCAUGUGAAUUGUCAAAUACUUAGUACUUUUUUUCUAAUUUGAAACUGAAUAAAAUGCACAGUGGAAACAGA